AUGGACGAUGAACCACAUGGGGAGCUUAAGGAGGGCACGGCGAGUGCCGCUCGAGCUUUCUUCAAGAAGUUGGUGACCAGGAAAGAGGGCUCCGUGCUGCGGGCAUGGAUGCAGCGUUUGGAUCCAGAGUGGGAGCGAAGUGUCACAGAGCAGAGGUUCAUGCGCUACAUGCGAGAUAUUCGAUGUCCCAAGGAUCCGCUUGCCUUGUUUGAGCAGCUUGACGCAGAUGGUGGAGGUGAGCUUUCCCUCCAGGAAUUGGAUGAGGAUGCGGGCCUGAUCCUUCAUCAUUUUCAGGAAUACACUGUGGCAAAGUAUAAAAGAGGUGUGGAGGAGUUUAUGCGAAAUGUGGGAGAGUGCGAUGCCUGGGACCCUUAUGAUGAGGUGAAGAUCACCUUUGAGCAGUUUCAGGGCGCGUAUCAAACGCACGGCUGGCACCAUGGUCGAGAAGAACAGCUUUUCGAUGCGAUAAGCUCGAACCAAGAGUUUAUCACUGCUGAAGAUAUGAAAUGGCUGGGAGUGGAGAUCCGGCGAUCCUUGCGAAAGGAGAAAGCAAGACAAAUGGCUUUUCAGGAGCAGCGACUGAAGGAGAGGCGAUCGAUCAUCGAUCCACAGAAGUCACUCGAGGCACUGAAGCAAAACUUGAAGAAAAGGUUUGGGGGAUCACUGGUCCGAGCUUGGCGGCGAAUGUUUGCCAACAGAGAGACUUUGUCCAUGCAAAAACCACAAUUCAUUAAGGCGUGUGCAGAGGUUGGCUGGCGGAAGGAUGUGAGGGCCAUGUGGUAUCUCCUGGACAAGGACAACAACGGUUCUGUGACGCUGGAGGAGUUUGACUAUGACAGUGCGCAGGCACUGGCGAGAUUUUCUAAAUUCCUGUUCCAGAACUACAAGAGUGUCGAAAAGGCCUUUCGCAUGCUGGAUGUAGAUGGCAAUUUGUAUGUUCCAAGGGAAGAGUUCAUUGCAGCAGCUGGGAGAAUGGGCUUUGAACACACAGCUGCAACUCUGUUCUCAGCAUUCGACCUCGGCCAAGCUGGGAAGAUUUUUGAGGAGGACAUGAAGUUUCUCGACAGUCCACUGGAGUGUGAAGCUUUAGAUCUUCUUGGUCACCUUCUGAUGUGGAAGCCCCGUGCAUUUCUGACAGCAGAUCCAAAUGAAGCUGCGGCCAACCAAGUGAAAGCCAGGCUGCUGAAAAAGCAUGGCACCUACUUGCGUGCGUGGAAGGUCAGCUUGGACAGAGACGGUGACAACAGAUGCACUUGGGACGAGUUUCGGGAUGCAUGCAGAGAAGUUGGGUACACCGAGGAUGUUCCAGGUGCUUGGUGCACUUUGGACUUCCGUCGGGCAGGAGCCCUCACUCUUCAAGACGUCGAUCCAACUGCUGGAGAAGCUCUUGUAGAAUUUCGUGAUUGGGCGGUCGAGCAAUUUGGCAGUGUUAAAAGUUGCUUCACCGUUUUGGACGAUGAUGGUUCAAACGAAGUGACGCCUUUCGAGUUCAAACAGGCAUGCCGAGCCUAUGGUUUCCCUGGGCCUGCCAAGCUAGUGUUCAAGGCCUUGGAUACAACAAACAAGGGGAUGCUAUCCUCUGAUGAUGUGGGCUUUCUGGAUGAUUGGUGCAAGAGGGCUGCGGAAACUGGACCACCCGAAUCUUCGAUAGAGGAUGGCGGAGAAGAUGCCUCACCCAAGUCUUCUGUCUCCAAAAGGUCUUCUGCAUCCCCAAUGAGACUCAUGAGCAAGCAGUCCCUGCGAUCAAUCCCAGAUGAAGCAUGGAAUGAGCCAGACUGGCAGGAAGGAAGUCUGCAUCCCGCAUUUCGAGUAUGGGCCAACAGGAAGCGAAAGAUGCCGAUAAGGAAGCUAGACGGAAGUCUGCCUCCUUUGGUCACACAGGUUGACCUUGGCGAUCCUCAUUUGGUCAAGAGGCCGAUUCUCUUGCUUGCACCGGUGCCUGUACGUGUCCAAGUUCCAAUGGGUGAGGCAGAGCCGAAGAGGAUACAGAAGAAAAAGCCCGGCCUCGAUACCUUGUUGAACUUCAGAAGUCCCCGAAUCGACAGGUCCUACAGGCGGCUCUGA